AAAAGGUGAGUUUUCUAAGUUAUUGUGCGCGGAGAGUUGAAUGUUUUGGUUGGAUCGCGUUGUUCUCGGUUUGUGUGUGUGAUCGAUAUCCCUUUGGAUCUCUUGAGAAUCUAUGGUGGUGUGAGAGAUCUAAGGUGGGGAUGGUGACGGUGAAUCUGGGUAUGCUUCAUUAUGUGUUGGACCAUAUAUACGGAGCAUUCAUGCACAGAACUAAGAUGAGCACGCCGUUCUUCUCGCGAGGGUGGGGUGGGACGAAACUGGAGAUGCUGGAGAGGAUGAUAAAGCAAUUGUUCCCGGAAGUGCAAGUGGCGGGGCAGAAUUGGCCUCCCACUAUGAUUGAACCGGUUUGGAGAACCCUUUGGGAGACCAAGACGGCUACUUUGAGAGAAGGGGUAUUCAGAACCCCUUGUGAGGACCAACUGCUUGCUGCAUUGCCCCCUGAGAGCCACACUGCAAGGGUUGCAUUCCUCAUCCCCAAGCCUCUCCCCCCUCACAAAAUGGCCUGCGUCCUUCAUCUUGCUGGAACCGGAGACCACUCAUUUGAGAGAAGAUUGCGCCUUGGUGGACCUCUCGUCAAGCAAAACAUUGCAACCAUGGUACUUGAGAGUCCAUUUUAUGGACAAAGACGGCCUAUGCUGCAGCGUGGUGCAAAACUUUUGUGUGUUAGUGACUUGCUUUUAUUAGGAAGAGCAACCAUUGAAGAGGCACGCAGUCUCUUACACUGGUUGGACUCUCAGGCAGGUUUUGGCAAGAUGGGUGUUUGUGGACUUAGUAUGGGAGGAGUGCAUGCUGCUAUGGUUGGAUCACUUCACCCUACACCUGUUGCAACACUCCCUUUUCUAUCUCCACAUUCUGCCGUUGUCGCAUUCUGUGAGGGGAUUUUGCAGCAUGGCACUGCCUGGGAAGCGCUCAGGGAGGAUCUUGCUGCCCAGAAGGUUGCAAUGACUCUCGAGGAGGUUAGAGAACGAAUGAGAAAUGUUCUGUCUCUCACAGAUGUCACACGCUUUCCAAUUCCCAAAAACCCCAAUGCUGUAAUCUUUGUUGCUGCCACUGAUGAUGGAUACAUCCCAAAACACUCAGUCCUGGAACUUCAAAAAGCUUGGCCCGGUUCUGAGGUGAGAUGGGUCACAGGUGGGCAUGUCUCAUCCUUCAUUCUCCACAAUGAUCAUUUUCGAAGAGCCAUUGUGGAUGGUCUUGACAGAUUACCAUGGAAAGAGUCUCCGUUGUGAUACGAUUAUUGCACAUGAAGAAGAAUUUGUUAUAACAUUGUUGAUUGAUACAGUCAGUGGUCCUUCCCACUUCGCAUACUCGUCUAAACUUGUAACAUUGAUCUCAGAUCUCCAUCCCCAAAUUAUGAGGGAAGGGGUUGGAAAUAAUUAUCAUCCAGAAAAUGUACAUUGAAGUCAUAACAAGGGGAAUAGAAGUUUCUGAAGAAACUGAUGAAAUUGUUGUAUGUGAAUUUGACUGUUCUGAUCUC